AUGUUUAAAAGCUACAACGGGUAUCUCAAGGUAACACACGGGCGUCUUGCUGCAUGCAACAUAUUCCUGAACCAACUCAAUGAGGUGAAAAUUGCGGGGUUUGGACCCAUAUCUGCUGGCCAGGAAGGCGAGGAAGACGAAGGAGACGCGGACUCUGAAAACAAAGUAGGUGAAACCCCGUAUAUGGGUAUAAGUCGCAACCUUCUCCAGCGCCUGAAGAGCGGUGAGCGUCUUGAAAAACCAGAGCUUUGCGAUGAAACAUGGUAUAAUGUGAUGCAGGAUUGUUGGGAGUACGACCCAAAGAAACGACCUUGCUUUGCGGAAAUCCGCGACCAACUUGACAAAUUCUUCUUUAAUUAUCCGGGAGGCAACUUUUAUUUCAACAAACGCUAG